AUGGGAAACGUUCCCGCGAAGGAGGACAGGACCCGCAAUAGGUCGCAGUCGUCGGAGGGCGAAUUUAGAGGUGGCGCUGGAUCAGUGCUGUCUCGAGAUUACUAUCCUGGGGCAAUGCGCAAGAAGAAGAAAGACAAGGACAAGGAAAAGCAGCGAAUCAAAGAGCAGCACACACUGGAUUUGGUUGUACGCUAUGAUGAGAGUGUUGACGGUGGCUAUUUAGCACCGUACGGGACUUAUAAACAGAUGCUAGACUACAAAACGGAUAUAGUUCGUGACCUAGUGAUCAAACGGAAGCUAUCGCCGUUUUAUACACCAUUGCAAGAUUUUGACGAGGACUGGUCAGAUGAGCAGCUUCUCGAUUUCAUUGCAAGUACGCCGCUGCAUGCGGCACCCAUUGAACUAGACCAGGAGGAGGACGUGGACGACCACAAGUUGCACCGUUCUUUGCAAACGAUCAAGAGACGUGAAAACAAACAGUUCAAGGAGUUGCUGCGACUCAAAGGAAUUCAAUGGCAACAAGAGCAGCAAAAACGGUUUGACAGGGACCGAAAAUUGUCGACACAGGGUAUCAAGCAGUUCGAAAAUCUUCCCUCCAAGGGCUUAUUGCUUACUCUAUACCGGGAUUCCGCGGAAUGUCCCAUUUGUUUCUUGUAUUACCCGCAAAACCUGAAUCUCAGCCGGUGCUGUGUCCAACCGAUUUGCACUGAAUGUUUUGUACAGAUGCGAAGGCAGGACCCCCAUCCUCCCCACGACGAACAAGGAGUCCCAGUUCCCGAGGACCAAAUCUCCAACCCUGAAGACUUGAUCAGUGAGCCAGUCAAGUGUCCCUUUUGUGCAAUGCCAGACUUUGGAGUCACAUAUACACCUCUGGGAUUGCGCACGGGGAUUGGUGGAAUUCCACCUGCUCAGUAUAGGGCUAACGAUACCAUCGAGGAGGAAAUGGGUGCUUUGAGCAUUGCGGGUUCUCACAAGCGUACCAGUUCCAUGUCAGUUGCCAUUGCAAGGAGCCACUCGGCGAUUGGAACGCCACCCAGACAAACAUACUUGGACAAACCCACAGAGAAGUCAGCCGAGUCACUUUUGUCAGCGGAACCGGUUGCUGCGACACGCAAAAGACGUGGGUCUUUGCCUUCUAACGCACCAGGUGUGAUCACAAUUGAUGCUAUUCGGCCCGACUGGGAGACGAAACUUAUUGGUGCCCGUGCGAAGCUGGCUAGGCGGUCUGCGGCAGCUAGUGCAAUUCACGCCACAUCCCUCAUCAUUGAUAAUGAGACGACUGCGGAUCCACAUGCACUCCAGCAGCCCCGCUACGGAUCGCGUCGCGGGUUUGUCUCACGGUUCCAGUCGAGAUCCGACUCGCAAGAUUUGGAAGAGCGCAUGGUGGAGGAGGCGCUUCGGUUGUCGCUACUGGAGGAGGAGGAGAGACGGCUCAAGGAGAAGAAUAAGAGCUAA